UACAUCGAUAUUUUUACAGCUCUGUACGUCGCCACAAAUAAAAAAACAAAACAAUUCGCACAAAAACAUUGCAAAAAAGAUCAAAAUGGUGUCGCUGGAAAAGCUGAAACAAUUGAGACUGAUACACCUGUGCAUCGCGCUCACCUUCUUCACCAGUGGGCUAUGUCUGAACCUGAUUCAGCUGGUGAUGCACGUUACCAUCAAGCCCAUAAACAAGAGACUCUUCCGGAAGCUGAUGUACUAUGCCUGUUACUCGCUGUAUUCCCAACUUGUUUUUGUGGCCGAUUGGUAUGCCGGCAGUAAGAUGACUGUCUAUAUGGACAAAGAGGACUUUGAGAAGCGUGCUGGCAAGGAGCAUGUCCUGCUCAUCAUGAACCAUAAGUACGAGAUCGACUGGCUCAACGGCUGGAUGAUCUGUGACAAGCUGGGUGUCCUCGGCAACUGCAAGGCCUACGCCAAGAAGCCCAUUCGCUACGUGCCCAUCAUCGGAUGGGGCUGGUGGCUGGCCGAGUUCGUCUUCCUCAAUCGCAACUUCGAGAAGGACAGGUCCAUUAUCACCGAACAGCUCAAAGUUGUCUUCUCCUAUCCCGAUCCCACCUGGCUGCUGCUCAACGCCGAGGGUACUCGCUUCACUCCCGCCAAGCACGAGGCAUCCGUCAAGUUCGCCCAGGAGCGCGGCAUGCCGGUGCUGAAACAUCACUUGAUCCCCCGCACGAAAGGAUUCACUGCCAGUUUGGCGCCAAUUCGCGGUCUUUGCCCCGUGAUCUACGACAUUAAUCUGGCCUACAGGCCCACAGACAAGAACCCUGCCACUAUGCUGAGUCUGUUGCACGGUAAGAGCGUGGAACCUCACCUUCUGAUGCGUCGUAUUCCUCUGGAAACCGUGCCUGAGGACGAGAAGGAAGCGGCUACAUGGUUACAGAAUCUGUUCGUCGAAAAAGACAAAAUCAUCGAUAGCUUCCUCGAGACAGGCAGCUUCUUCAAGACAUCCGGUGUGAAGGAGGUUCCUGCUUACGUGAACAAGCCCCGGCUAAGUUCGCUGCUCAAUUUCGCCGGCUGGGCGAUAUUUUCGCUAUUCUGCAUUUUCUACUACUUGAUUACUUCCCUGCUGGCGGCCAACUGGACCGCUUUCAUUACCGCCCUCUCCGUGCUGGGGCUAUUCUACUGGCUAAUGGGACAGGCCAUCAACAAGACCCAGAUUAGCAAGGCUUCGAAUUACGGAGCGGCAAAAGCAAGCACAAAAUAACUUUCAGUUUUGCAUUUAGUUUGAUUGUUGACAAACUCAAUUAUCUACACGUGACUUUUUAAAAGGCAGUCCUCUCACAAAUCUCUCUGCUACAAGGAUCAAUUCGCGAUUCCUCCUCUCCUGGAAAGGACGAUGUAAUAGUGUUUGAACAGAAUAAAUAAUACUUGAAUGUUUUGUCUAAGUUUAUGGUUAUACGGGGCAACUCCCGUAAGCCAGAGCCAUAAGUUUGCGUACGUAGUUCGUAGUUGUACUGUACACCUAAGUGGAAAUUUAAUUGUUUAAUCAAGUGUAUUUUGGCGAGCAUUGCAAUAAUUAAAAUAACCGAUAGAAA